GUGGCGUGGGCGGGGCUUGAGCGGCCGCCGGGGCGACGGCGCGACCGAGCAUCCUGGCAGCUCCGGGCCACGAGGAGGUAGCUGGCGGGGCCGAGGAGGCCACACUAAACACAGGUGUACAGGAACCAUUUACCAUGGAAGCCCGGGAGCUUGGGAACCCCACACCCACCUACCACCUUCUCCCCAAGGCCAACCAGCACACUGUAAAAGAAGAUGCCAGCUCACCAUCUCAAGGGUCUCCAGAAACCAUGCAGCUGAAGAAGGAGAUCUCCUUGCUGAAUGGGGUCAGCCUGGUGGUGGGCAACAUGAUUGGCUCAGGGAUCUUUGUCUCGCCCAAGGGUGUUCUCAAGUACACUGCUUCCUAUGGGUUGUCACUUGUAGUGUGGGCCAUUGGUGGGCUCUUCUCUGUUGUGGGUGCCCUUUGCUAUGCAGAGCUGGGGACCACCAUCACCAAGUCAGGGGCUAGCUAUGCUUAUAUCCUAGAGGCCUUCGGGGGCUUCAUUGCCUUCAUCCGUCUGUGGGUCUCACUUCUAAUUGUUGAGCCCACCAGUCAGGCCAUCAUCGCCAUUACCUUCGCCAACUAUAUCAUCAAACCCUCCUUCCCCACCUGUGAGCCUCCAUAUGUGGCCUGCCGUCUCCUCGCUGCUGCCUGCAUAUGUCUGCUGACAUUUGUGAACUGUGCCUACGUGAAGUGGGGCACACGAGUACAAGACACAUUCACGUAUGCCAAGGUCCUGGCACUCAUUGCCAUCAUUAUCAUGGGCCUUGUUAAACUGUGCCAGGGACACACUGAGCACUUUCAGGACGCCUUUAAAGGUUCCUCGUGGAACAUGGGAGACCUCUCUCUUGCCCUGUACUCUGCCCUCUUCUCUUACUCAGGUUGGGACACCCUUAAUUUUGUAACAGAAGAAAUCAAAAACCCAGAAAGGAAUUUGCCCUUGGCCAUUGGGAUUUCUAUGCCAAUUGUGACACUCAUCUACAUCUUGACCAAUGUGGCCUAUUACACAGUGCUGAACAUUCAGGAUGUCCAUAAGAGUGACGCUGUGGCUGUGACAUUUGCUGACCAGACAUUUGGCAUGUUCAGUUGGACCAUCCCCAUUGCCGUUGCUCUGUCCUGCUUUGGAGGCCUAAAUGCAUCCAUCUUUGCUUCAUCAAGGUUGUUUUUCGUGGGCUCUCGUGAGGGCCACCUCCCAAACCUUCUGUCCAUGAUCCACAUUGAGCGCUUUACACCCGUGCCUGCGUUACUGUUCAAUUGCACCAUGACACUUAUCUACCUCGUUGUGAAGGACGUUUUCCUGCUCAUCAACUACUUCAGCUUCAGCUACUGGUUCUUCGUGGGCUUAUCUGUUGUUGGACAGCUCUACCUUCGCUGGAAAGAGCCUGACUGGCCUCGACCUCUCAAGCUGAGCCUCUUUUUUCCCAUCGUGUUCUGCGUAUGCUCCUUGUUUCUGGUGGCCGUACCCCUCUUCAGUGACACCAUCAAUUCCCUCAUUGGCAUUGGGAUUGCCCUCUCUGGGGUCCCUGUCUACUUCAUGGGUGUGUACCUGCCAGAGUCCCGGAGGCCACUCUUUAUUAGGAAUGUGCUUGCGACUGUCACCAGAGUCACCCAGAUGCUUUGCUUCUGCGUCGUGACUGAGCUAGAUGUAGCUGAAGAGAGAAAUGUUGAGAGGAAAACUGACUAGAAGCCAGAGAUGACAUUCCCUGAAGCCCAAAAGGCUGUGGCCACAAGCCACCAAAGACCAGUUCCCUAAACCUUCUGAAUUAAAGGAGCCUCUUGGCCCACGUUAUGUAAGGGGGCUCAGGGCCAAUGCUCUCUCAUUGGUAAGCUAUGGGAAGAUACCAAUCAGGCCAGCCUGAAGAUGAGGACUUCAGUGGGAGGGGAGGUUGGGCGGGGCAUUGAUUAGUUUUACUUCUGAUGAGUGGAUACAGCCCUGAAGGAAUAUUGGACUGACAGCUCUGGCUCUUGAUUCACAGCUCUUUGUAGUUUAAACCAGGAGUCUACAGUGGGGCUUUCUUCAUGGGAAGUUUUCCUCUGACCCUCUGACCAAGUCCAGCUACUUGAUUUNGAGAGGUCUGAAAUGCUACCAUUUCUUCCUGUGGCUCAAAAUUCUUCCUUGAGGAGAGCGUUGUAUUCCCUUUUUUGUUUGUUGGGUGGCAUGAACAGCAAGGCGCUGUUUAACUGACAUGGGAUCAAUGUGUGCCUCCUUUCCUGAAUUCCGCAAGAGGAACAACCCUCCCCCCCCCCCCCCCCGAACUUCUUGGCCAGGCAGACAGUAAGCCUGAUGGGAAAGAGACUGUGAGGAUCUGGGUCUCUAACUCUUGGAUCCGAAUGUUGGUGUUAUCUUUGGGAUCUCGUUGUGUAGAGAGUAUCCCUGUCCUUGAGGAGGGGCUGCCUGUGUGACUUUGCGUAGACUGCAUUAGCAGUAUGGUCACAUUAGCAGUAUGAUCAGGAGCCUUAGGCAAGGUGAGCUUCUGGCUCUUCAGGGAAUUCGUCUGGGCCACUUGAUUGUGUCCUUCCUAGCUGAAUCCAUGGUGCUNUGGAGCCCUGGAAACAAGGGCUGAGAGAAAAACCUCACUACUCCAGCUGCGUGGAGCAUCUCUACUACCUGGACAAGCCACAACUGUCACCAAAUUUCAACUCCUCUAUGUCAUUAUUUAUUGAUAAUUAAUCCAGGACACCAGUUGUAACAAACCAUUAGUGAUCAUUUCUCUACAGGGAUGCAAUAAGUGAAUUUUGUUUAUCUUAGCUGACCUGGUGGCACACAUCUGUAAUCUGAACUUNGUAAAGUGAGGCAUAAGGAGUUUGAAUUUGAGGCUAAUUUAGGCUACAUAAUUUCCAGGUAGCCACUCUGGGAAGAUUAGAGAAGAUCUUAUCUCAUAUACCUGUUAUACUUUAAUAUACAGAUNAGUCAUGUUAUUAUCAUCUGGCUCAGAUCCAGCAAGGACAGAUGAGCAACUUCAUGAGUCAUAAUACUGUUAUUUUGAAGGACAAUCCUUUGUUUUAUUAAGACCGUAGAUCUUNGUUCUACUUGAUAUAAAAUAAAUCUUUAGAUUUUUGGUAUGAACUGCAAGAGGCCUGGAAUGUUCUGCAUAAGGUGUUAUGCAAAAUUCAGGUAGAUAACCUGAUUGAUUUUUCAGUUGUCAUUGGACUCCUGGAUUCAAGUCAAAUAGCUUGUUAUCUUUAAGAGCCUGUUCAAGUUUUGCUAUGUGUGGUCUCACAAAAGCCCACUCUGCUGGAAAGUGGUCACUGAUUUUCUGAAAGCUUUGUUUACACGCUGAAGCAUCUUGGGUCAUGGGACAGUAUACCUGAUUGCCUUCUCUUGCCCAAGGGCUGGGCCAGUGAGAUUGAAAUCUCAGAAAAUGCUUGGUACUUGUACAUCUACUGUUUUCUCCCUGUGAAGAUCAAUGAAGACUGGGAGAAAACAGCUUCCAUCUCAGCCUUGCUCCCGGUGAAGGGUAGGACCCACCCGCUAAUUCUGGUGAUCGGACUAGGCUGCCAGUUAAAGCCAAAACAACAGGCUCGGAUCUUUGUGAGCAGUGUGUAUACACUAGAUUGUAGGACUCUCCUGAUGCCCUUAGACACUGCCAUCUAGGACACAGAAGAACCUGCUGUGCUGUCUUGGCAUCCCUCAAGGACAUUUCAAGUUUUAGAAUUUGUGAACAAUACAGAUAAUAACUAUGUGGCAGUCUCCCAGUACCAGACUGGCUCUAGAUGCACAGGAGUAACCUUGGAUAUAUGCUUGCUCAAUAAAGACUUAGGGGAGUAAAA